AUGUCAUCCGAGGCGACUGCUGCCCAAGCGGGGCCAUCGCGCUCCGCAACAAAGGAGAAGAAGCCCAAGCGCGUCCGAAAGAGGUCGCGCAACAAGAAGCGAACCACCGAGGCCGAAGAGAGCAGCAGCAGCAGCAGCGACGAUAGCGAUAGCGACGACGACGCACCCACUCCAGUGAUCGCACCGAAGCCUGACACGAAGAAAGAGACCAAGAGCAAGUCCACACCAGCGAAGGCAGCGUCGGAUUCCGAGGACAGCGACGAUGACGAUGCCGACGAUGGCAAGCGCAAGCGAAAGCGCAAACGCACCUCCAAAAAGAAGUCUGUCCCUACGACUUCCGAGCCUGGUCCCACCACGACUACCACUUCCACUCCAGCAGCGGCGGCUUCUUCGGGCGGGCAGACAUUCAGCCUCACCGCGGAGGAGGCUGGACCGGAUCCGACAUCGGACCUGCGUCUGAGCGAGCAGGCCAAGCAGGCGAUCCAGUACGCGCAGAUCUACACCGCCGACAAGCCGCACUGGAAGUUCAACAAGGCCAAGCAGAACUGGCUUCUGCGCAAUGCGCUUUCGGUGCCUCCGUCGGACUACGACGCUGCGCUCGCUCGCAAGUCCGCCGCCGCCCAGGAUGGCGAGGAGGCAGAACAGGACGACGGCGGAGAGAACUUUGUCCCCGAAGACUUUGUCGGCGUCGUCACGGCGUACCUCAGCAGUGUCGUCGGUGGCGCUCGGCAGAGACUUGUCGAGUCGCUGCGAGAGGCGGUCAAUGCACCCGUCGUCGUAGUUCCGCAGCCCGAGGCCGAAGCUGCACCGCAGGCAGCAGAGCAAACCGAGCAAGCGGAGGGGAAGAAGUCCGUCUCGUUCGGCAACAUCGCACUCGACUCGGAAAAGAAGGAUGAAGCCGUCCAGGCGGCAGGAUUGCCGGCGGGCACGGAUCCGGAAUCGGUCGAGCUGCGUAGGCAACGAGCCACUCUCAUGCUUCAACGUCUCGGCGAGACCGUCUAG